UUUCUGGCAUAGUUGGAGGGAAAAUUCCGACAUCCCCAUUUCUCUAAAUUUUUGAAUCGCCGUUUCAACCCUAGACUUCUGUAGCUCAAAGACUCCCCUGCUCUGCUCUGUGUAUUCUCUAUCCUUUCUUACUUGAUUUUGCUCUCUUCACAACUUGCUGAAGCAGCGGAUUCAACUUUGUUUGUCUGUUUUUCUGCUGGUCGAUCUUUAUCCGAGUUUUAUUUUUCUGCCAACUCGGAAAUGCAAACUAGGAAAAAGAAUGCACCAAAAGUUUCUGCUCGAGAUCCCGUUAGUCCAAGGGUUACCAGACAUCAGAAGAAACCAUCAGAAAAUGGAAAACUUGCUGAGAAGAAAGUUACUGAUUUGAUCACAUCAUCUGCAAGAAAGCCCAAAAAUGGUGGAAUUCUGUCAAAAAAGAGUGGGGACCAUACUCCUGCAACGAAUUUGGCUACCUUAUAUGGGUCACCGGAUGGCGACAAUAACAUUAAUAUGAUGUGUGUGGGACAGAAUACAACCAAUGUCGCAGUUGCUGAGCGAGAUAGCAAUGGUGGAAGUUCUGCUGAAUGCAUUACAGAAACUAUAUUUUCUCCUGUUUAUCAUGUUACUAAUAACCUGCACGGACAAUUUUCAAAUGGAGUUGACUUCCUCCAGUUCUUCCAUAACGUGGAUGGAGAGUGUAUAAAAGAGAACUCAGACCUGCAUAUGAUGAAUGGGGUACCAGAAGAAAAUAUAACCAAGCACAACGAUGCAUUGAUGGCGACAACACAUGAUUUAGGGGCCAACAUGUCAUCUGAAGUUUCAACCAUAUACUUGUCCAUGCAAGAUUCGAGGUUGGAAUGCAUUGAUGAGCACGAUCAAGAUUACUUGCCAAAUGAUGCUAGUGUGGAGAACGAUGAAAAUGAAGAGUAUGAUGACUUUGACCCAUUCUUGUUCAUAAAAAACUUGCCAGACUUGUCAUUAGUUGUCCCAACUUUUCGGCCUAUGCUGCUACCUAAGCAAACACGGAGUUGCCCUUCUACCACUCUUGUUUUGGACUUGGAUGAAACAUUAGUGCAUUCCACUCUAGAACCGUGCGAGGGCGCAGAUUUCACCUUUCCUGUGAAUUUUAACCUCAAAGAGCACACUAUCUAUGUUCGAUGCCGUCCACAUCUCAAAGACUUCAUGGAAAGAGUUGGCAGCCUUUUUGAGAUCAUUAUAUUUACUGCUAGUCAAAGCAUUUAUGCUGAACAACUUCUUAAUAUUCUGGAUCCUAAGAGGAGGAUAAUACGCCACCGUGUUUACCGUGAUUCUUGUGUUUUUGUGGAUGGGAAUUACCUUAAAGAUCUAUCUGUUUUGGGUCGUGACUUGAGUAAAGUUAUUAUCGUUGACAACUCUCCUCAGGCAUUUGGAUUUCAAGUGGACAAUGGAAUACCCAUAGAGAGCUGGUUUGAUGACGGUUCAGAUCAAGAACUUCUGUUACUUCUCCCGUUUUUGGAGAGUUUGGUUGGUGUUGAAGAUGUUCGUCCGUUGAUUGGAAAGAAGUACAACCUUAGGGAAAGGAUUGCUGCAGCUGUUUGUCCUUCCAAGUCUAACGGUGGAUACCCAUUUGAAAGGUAAACCUAGGGGUUUUCACAAAGUUCGGAAAUUUCAUUUAAUUCUGUUGUAGAAUAAGGGGAUUUGUCGGAGGACAUAACAUUCUCUAGCUUGUGGAUGUCUUUUGUUAUAGUAAUAUUUCAGAAUGAAGGUGUAGUAGUAUUGCAAGUUUUUAUCUUGAUGGGGAUUAUUACCAUUGCUCGGAUUUUACUAUUGUAUGAACUUCCCCUUACAAUUCAUCUCUAAACCUAAAAAAAAAAAUGUUUAUUUAUUUAUUGGAUUGUUUUUUUUA